UUUGUCCAAACAUUAGGUAGAUCAAUGUAAUUUAUUCAUAAUAUUUCAUAAUUAAGGAGAUUUAUAAAUUUAUCCAAAAAAAAAAAAAAAAGGGAAAAGAAAAAAAAAAAGGAGGAGUUUUUCACAACAACUAGUUUACGCUAGUCUCGGUUUCUUUGACUUUCAGACUAAUAAAUUUACCCAAAAAGAAAAAAGGAAAAUAAAAAAAAAAAAAAACGACAAAAAAAAAAAAGGAGGAGUUUUUCACAAAAACUAGUUUAUGCUAGUCUCGGUUCUCUGACUUUUAGACUAAAACCAGAUAAAGAUGAUACUAUGAAGGAACCUCCAAGAACUUGUAAAUCGUAUCCACUUUAAAUGGUGUUUGAUUUUUUUCCUUGAUGGCUGGCUUAGUUUCUCUCAGCAACGAAACCCAGUUUGUCAAAACUGUGUGCGCAAUUGUAGUAAAGGGAUAUUGGGAUAAUCUUUUGAAGUCCAGGAUUGGUUCUAGUAUCACCUCAACAACAAUCAACCAUGUGCUGUUAUAUCUCUCACCACAUCGGUCUUCUCUUUCUUGGUCAUUCUUCAAUUGGGUCAGUGAAUCCAUUCCCAACUACAAGCAUUCUUUGCAGUCCACAUGGACCAUGAUUCACAGUCUGACCAACCAGAGGCACUUCAAAACUGCACAGAACCUGCUUGAAAAAAUUGCUCUGAGAGAUUUUUUAUCGUCGCCGACGGUUUUGAAUGCUCUGGUGAGAGCCCAUGAUUGCCCGGAUUCAAAUUCCCAAGUUUUGAGCUGGCUGGUGAUAAUAUAUGCGAAUUUGAAGAUGACCCAAGAUGCAAUUCAAGUGUUUGAACACAUGAGGGUUAAUGGGUUUAAGCCUCAUAUGCCUGCUUGUACUGUGCUUUUGAAUUCAUUGGUCAAGGAUGGGUUGACUGACAUGGUAUGGAAGAUUUAUAAGAAGAUGUUAAAAGUUGGGGUUGUUCCGAAUAUUCACAUAUUCAAUGUGUUGAUUCACGCUUGUUGCAAGUUUGGUGAUGUGGAAAUGGCGGAGCAAUUGUUAAGUGAAAUGGAGCUUAAAGGUAUUUUCCCUGAUAUUUUUACUUACAAUACACUGAUUUCAUUGUAUUGCAGGAGGGGUAUGCACUAUGAAGCUUUGUCUGUUCAAGAUAGAAUGGAAAGAGGAGGAAUUUUGCCCGACAUUGUAACGUAUAACUCCCUUAUCUAUGGGUAUUGUAGACAAGGUAAAAUGAGAGAGGCUUUAAGACUUUUUAGGGAAAUUAAAGGUGCUACUCCGAACCAUGUGACAUACACUACCCUGAUUGAUGGGUACUGCAGAGUGAAUGACCUUGAUGAAGCUUUACAAUUAAGGGAGGCAAUGGAAGCCAAAGGGUUGUAUCCUGGGGUUGUUACCUACAAUUCAAUUCUCCGCAAAUUAUGUGAACAAGGCAGGAUAAAGGACGCAAAUAAACUCUUGAAUGAGAUGAGUGAGAAGAAGAUUGAGCCGGAUAAUAUCACGUGUAACACAUUAAUUAAUGCUUAUUGUAAAAUAGGAGAUAUGGGGUCUGCAUUGAGAGUUAGAAAGAAGAUGUUAGAUGCCGGAAUGAAACCUGAUCAGUUUACUUACAAGGCAUUGAUUCAUGGGUUCUGCAAGGCACAGAAUAUGGACAGUGCUAAGGACUUGUUAUUUGACAUGCUUGGUGCUGGAUUUUCUCCAAGUUAUUGCACGUAUUCAUGGAUUGUGGAUGGUUACUGCUACCGACAAAAUGAAGAAGCGGUAAUAGAAUUGCUGGACGAGUUUGUUAAAAGAGGUAUCUGCCUUGACGUCUCAGUGUACAGGGCACUAAUACGAAGGUUUUGUAAGAGAGAGAAGGUUGACUGGGCUCAAAGAAUAUUCAAUCUAAUGCAAGGGAGGGGAAUAUUAGGAGAUAGUGUUGUAUGCACUAGUUUGGCAUAUGCUUACAUGAAAGCAGGUAACAUGGUUGCUUCUUCAGAUAUGUUGGAUGAAAUGUACAAAGGGAGGUUGAUGAUAACACUCAAGAUCUACAAAAGUUUCAGUGCUUCUUAUGCUGGUGACCAUGCCGCCUUAGAUAUUUUUUGGGAUCGUGUGGUUGAUAGAGGCCUAAUUUCAAAAAAUACAUUCAAGCAUAUCCAGCAGUUGAAAUUACUGUCUUAAAGGAAAAUUGGUGAUAACUUUAAAGUUGCAGGCUCUAGUUUAUCACUUUAUGGGGGUGUCGGCAGAUACCUUUCAUCAUAUUUUAUGCAUCAAGAUGGAUCUUUCGAGUUCAUGAACAUUUGGUUCACAACUUCACAAAUAUAUGAACCCACAAGUGAAUGGUGUUAACAAACAAAUUGGUUGGCCAAACAUCAAGGUCUAUCGUUCACAAUGACCACCUGGUUCCAUGUCGGGUUCUCUUAAACAAGAGUGACUAGUCUCACACUCAAAAGGGAAGGACUGAAGAUCGCAAGGAGUCUAAAGGUGGGAAGAAGAAGAAGUCUAGUAGUAGUAAAUCAUUGUUUUACAAAGCUCCCCUAGGUUAUAGAAUUGAAAAUGGUCAACCCCAUGGUGGAAUCAAGAAGUUCAGAUCAGCUUACUCCAAAGUUCUAAUAUGAUUCAUUUCAGCAUGUUACUUGAUCGACGAAAUUUGAAGCCUUAAAAGGCUACCCAAGCUAACGUCUAAUCCCGUAUUCUGUGUUUGCGGAAAUCAUCCUGAGAUUCUCCAAGUUGCAACAUAGCCACCAAAGGUGGUUUACAUUCAAAUUUUCUGCUCUAGUAUUUAUUUAUUUUUCUUCUUUUCUCACCCUCUUGUUAGCAUUUCUUUCCUUUAAGGCAUGAUGGCCUUGCCCAUAUCUGCAAUUGGAUUUGAAGGGUAUUAGAUAUCAUUUUUCGAGCCUGGCAUCUUUGUUGAUCCUGAAGGCAGGGGCCUCCGAUCUUUAUACAGUUCCCAAUUGGAUGAAAUCCUACAGUCUGCUGAAAUGCACUAUUGUUGCUUCGUUCUUGAAUGAUCAUGUUGAUUCUUAUGUCCUUUCAGAGUCUAGCCUGUGUACCCUUCUCAAACCUAGUCAAAACAAGUGGAACAAAUUUGUUUCUGUGAAUCCCACCCAUCCUAAAUCUACCUGCUUCUCUUUCCCUCUCUGUGAAAACUGUUUGGUACACUUGUGGAUGCUUUAUAUUUUCUAGGGCUCAGCCUUUUUUCCACACCGUCGUUUCUCUGAGGAGGUAGCUGUUCUUGAUAGCUAUUUUGGUGAGCUUGGUUCUGGAAGUAACGCUUAUGUGGCGGGUACUGUUGACCAGCAACAGAAAUGGCAUGUUUGCUGUGCUUCUGCUGAGUUUGCAAAUCCUUCUGAUGUGGUUUACACCCUGGAGAUGUGCAUAACCGGUUUGAACAGUUAGAAGGCAUCUGUGCUUUACAAGACUCAUGCAAGCUCCACAGCUGCAAUGACUCAGGUUCUGGUAUUAGGAUGAUUCCUCCAGAUUCUUAUACAUGUGAUUUUGAGUUUGAUCCUUGUGGUUACAUUGAAGCAGUUGAUUAUGAUUUCAAAGUUGUAAAUUUGUCGAACUUGAUGAACAGGGUGUUGACUUUCUUCCAACCAAGUGAGUUUUCUAUGGCAUUGCACACUAAUGUUGUGGGUAAGAAACUUUGUCCUUAGAUCACUUUGAAUGUGAAAGGAUACAGCUGCAGAGAAAGGAGCUACAAAAUGCUUGGCAGAGGGAGGUCAUUCAUUACCUUAGCUUUACGAUGGUGGCUGUGGGUGUCCCAGGUCCUGAGGUCCACCCUACAGUGCUGUUGGAGUGAGAGCGAGGAAGAUGAACAAGUGGAAAAGGUAUAAUUCUGGAUUAGAUGUGGUGGUCUGUCCUCUCUCUCAUUUUACUUGAUAAUAUCGUAAUGUCAUGGUUUCUCGUGUCAUCCCAUAAGUCUUCUAUUGUCAAUAUAUGUUGUUUAUGUAUCAUGUUACUGAAUUAGUCUAAUAAUACUAUCAGUUGGAAUACUAUGUCUCGGAUGUGCAGUAUGUAAUAUAAUGUGUUGGAAUUUGUAAGCUGAGGCUUGAACCACUGUUUAAUCAUAACAUUCAUAACUUGCAUCCUCUCAGAUUGUCUCAUGAGGGUAGCAU